AAGGUAUACACGAAUGAGGUAUGUGGACCCCUGGUUGUGGGAUUAAAGGAUUCUAUUUGUUCCACUUCGCUCCUCCGUCCUACGUCACAGUCCCUCCACUACGUUCGACUACACUUUUUACAGUUAUAAUUUCUUUCAUUCCUUUUGGCACCUGUUUUAAAGCAAGUACUGAAGCUAAAGAAACAGUCUGGUACCAGACGUUGAUCGAACAAGUGAGUUUACCGAUUUCUUCCUGUUACAACGAGGCCAUGGGACCAGUUCUAAGGACAUUUGUGUACACUGUCACACUGACAACAAUUUUCUUGAUGGGUGUGUGUGAUGCUCGGAGGAGAAAGCACAGUAAACAGAAGCAGAUACAAUCACGUGAAACUAACAUUUUCAAUUUUGUUCGACUGCUGGUGCUUCGACUGGUCUAUGGUAUUGCCACUUCAAUGGGAUUUGGCGAGAGCAUCUCAGAGUUCUUAGGUGGAAUAUUUGUCCCUCCAGGAGUUGAAGAUGAUGAUGAUGAGCUAGAUCUUGAUUAUUAAAGUGGAAUAAAUGUGCAGGAGAAAUGUACACACAUUUUUGCAUGCAUUCAAAAGAUCAAAUGAACUUCAAACAUUGUGCCACAACAUUUGAAAACCCUGAAAAACAUUACAUGGGGACAAAAAAUGUGAUAAUAUUACUAAGAAUAAUCUUCUUACAAGUUUUUGUACUUGUAAGUGCGUGAGAUAUUAAAAACAGACUACACAGUCUGUUUACCAGAAAAAGAAGACAAAAGAUGAACAGCACAGACCAGUGCCGGGCAGGAUGGGAUACUAAAGUUUAAAAAAAUAUAUUCUAAAUUUAAAAGGUUUAAGAAGACUUUGGUACUUGAUGGGUAUCUUCUGAAGAACUAAUUCAUUAAUUUAAAUUCUUCUGUCAACUUCAGAAACUGUAAGCUGCAUAAGGAAUAAUAUAAUGAAUGCUUCAAUUCACUAAAUAACAGUUAAAUUUUAAUUAAAUCGAAAUAUGAUGGAACAUCAGUGCAGUAGGUACCACUGUAACACUUCAGUUGUCUUGAACAGUUCACAUAUGUGCACUCUAUACCAAGAUUAUACUCACAGAAUCAUUUUGGUUCUAUGUCAACAUCCAACCUCUGAACUCUUGAUUUUCAUUGGGCACCCAUAUGCAGUAAUGGGAACAGGAUUAUGAGCAUUCUACAAGUGCAUAUUCUCACAAGCCUCAUGAUAUUCCAGACUUAUCACUGGAAAACACUAUCAGUAUUGUGAUGAGGUUAUGGGUUGAACAACUGUGGUCUGAUCUGAAGCAGAGGCCACAAUUUUUCUUCUGCCACUGCAUCCAGAAGGGAUCUAAGGACUACCUAGCCUCCUCUAUCUAAUGGAUAAGAGAGGCUCUUUCCCCAGAGGUACAGUGGCUGUGGCAUGAUGACAACCACUCCCAUCCAGUGCCAAACUUAAGAAUGCAUACGGCUGUAACUCCACUGCCCUGUAUGACUUCAUGAUAGGGUGCUUAAUUAAGGAAAAAGACUUCACCUUUAUCUUUUGUGUUUCAAGUAUAUGCAGAAAUAAAAACAAAAGUAAAAUAUUAAUUCACACUCUAGUGAAGUACCUCUUUACAUAAACAUAAGCAUUCAAUAUAUGGACAUUAUAAACUCAGCAAGAACUGAAAUGUCAAGUUUACUGAAUAACGUUGUACUUGUAAACCAAACAUGGCAUUUAACAUAAAUAUAAAAAAAAAAUAUUCAUUUUAGAAGGAAGAAGUGAAAAACUAUUCAUCUUUUCACACAGUUACAGAAGACAAAGUGGAGAAUGAAAUAUCUGUAACUUAUAAAGAUGUUUUUAACAGUGUGAAAUUAAUCUAACCUUACAGAAACUUUGCACGUUUUCCAUAGUGUAAGGGUUAUAUUCCUUGUAACAGGUGUGAUAUACACUUACAAAGUCAAUGGAAAACAGGGGCCUAGUGGGAUGUGAUCUGCAAGCUUAUAUGGAACACUUUAGGAAGAAAAAAUAAAAGCACUUUAGUUCACAAGAAAGACUGAAGUUUUUGGUGCCAAGCAGUAACCACUGAAAGCACAUGAAUAUCAGAUCAAUAUCAUGGAACUAGUUGGUAAGGGGAGUAGAAAGGAGAAGUUCUCUAACAAGCACAGUUGAACAGACCAACACUAAAUGUCAGUGGAGCUCCAAACGCUGUGUUGUCAGUCCUACAGCAAGAAACAGGAAAUCAAUGGUAUAUAAUUCAAGACUAGUUUUUAGAGGGCUCACAUAUAACUUGUUUUUCAUAAUAAUCACUGGUAAGGAGACGUCAAGUAUAUGAAAACUGAGGUUUCCAAAGCAAUAAACAUUCAUACGGUAGUUGUGUGAAUUAUGACAUCAUGUAGUCUGAUACAUGCAAACCAAUAUUUUGCAGGCAAAAAGUGACUCCUGAAGAUGGAAGCAGUAUAUAUCUCUGAAAUGUUGGUACCAACCUCACAGACUACAUGGUCAUAUAGCCCACAAGACUACAGCAUGAAAGAGAAAACCAAAUUUUUUCAUGUGCUAAGUGUUUUUGCAUUGUGAAUCUGUUUGUGUACCUAUGAUUUUUCAUCAUUUAUUAUUUUUAUUAAAUUUAUUUAUUUUAUUGUAAACUGUAUGAUGAUAUUUAUACACAUAGCAUAAUAGAUAGUGCAUCUAGGAAGCAAGUUCCUGUCUUUCAUCUUUGACUGGCUAUCUUUACUUUUUUGUUUUUUUUUAGUCCUGCCAGAAAAAAUAAUGCCAGGAUAGCACCUCAAACUAGGCUAUAAUUCCUUCCUUUCACAUUCUUUGCAAUUCAUUAUUCAUUAAACACCCAUCAUUUGAUGCUGUAUAUUCAGGGCUGACAAUGCCAUUACAUAAACCACAAAUAAAUGAGUAAAUGCAAUUAACUAAUUAAAAUUAUUUGUAACGACAUAAUAAAUACAUAGUAAUUAACCUUUUUGUUCAAUUAUUGUGCUUUUGGGCAUUAUCCAUCAUCCUGUUUUUAUAUGAAAUAACAACAUUUUGGAGACUGGAUUCUGUCUCCAUCUUC